UUUUGGGUUCAUUCAAUUACUGGUGGAUUACCUAUUUUUGCUGGAGGCACCGGAUCUGGUUCUUCAGGGGUUCCAGGAACUUCGUUUCUGCAGCGUCAUAGUCGUACAAUGCCUUACUUCAAACAAAUUUUGGGUGAUGAGCGACGAAGUAGUUGGGCAUCCUCUUGCUCUGCCCCGAUUACUUCUGGAUCUGUAGCAGCCACAGCAGCUGCAUUGGCCAUCAAUGCUCAACAACAAGCACAACUUGAGCGUCUAUAUAGACAAUCAAUCGCUCAGACAAAUGCCGCAGCUUCAUCUUCUGAUGCAUCUGCUUCGUCUGCCCUUUCAGGUGUUCAACAAUUACAGUUAGAAUUUCAAAAAUUAUAUGCAAGUACAAAAGAAGGUUCCCCUGGUCCUGGUGGUGUAGGAGGAACAUCUUCGGCUGCUGUUAAUACACAAAAUCCUUUACUUGUGGGUGGGUUAAUGAAUGUCGAUCCUGGAGCUUUAUUUAUUAAGUCUGCACUUGCACAGCUGCAACAACAACAACAAAUGCCAACUAUCAAUAUUACUGAUGAAAAUAAUCAAAAUGUUGAGUCUGCAUUUUUAUCUUUGGAAUCGAAUUCGAUUUUGCCAAAUACCGACCCUCCAACACUUCCAAAUGUUUAUUCUGCAACAGGAGGUAUUGGAAACUCUAUAUCUUUAACUAAUUCUCCAACUGAUAUUGGAACUAAUCAACCAUUAAAAUUUGUUUAUAUUCCUGUUUGUAUUGAAACAGCAACCCAACGACUUGAAAAGUAUGUUAAAAAUAAUCAACUUUUGUGCGAAGUUCAAUGUGACGAGCAAAAGGAGGCAUCAACACAGAUAGUUAAUUCUGUACGUAUUCGCGUUGCACCUCCAUCGAAUGAAUCAAAUAAAGCAACAAUUCUUGAAUUAAUUUUAUAUAGAAUAGAUCAAUCGCCAAAUAUUAGCCGAGCAGCAUUUACUCAUAUUCAAGGUGAUGUUAAUGAAUAUGAACAAUUACGUGUUAAUUUAUUAUCAAUAUUCAACGAAGUUGUGUGA